CCGUUCGCGGUUAAUGCUUAAUAUUUCUUGUUGCCUCCAGUUUCUUUGACAAUACAUUCUUGUUUCUUUUUAAACCCUAACAAUUAUUUGGUGAACUAAACCUAUUUUAAUUAAAUUUUUUGAGUCAUUGUGUCUCUAAUUAUCAAUUAAUUUUAUCCCAUUAUCAAGGUUUGUAAUAUAAAACAACCUUUUACUACUUCGUUUAUCCUGUUUCUCUUUCUUUUUCACUCUCUUGUCAUAUUUCUCUAUUUUCACGCACAGUGUUUGUACUUACUGGUCUCUCUGGUUUUUUGGGAAAAUGAAUGCUGGCCCAUCCAUUUUAAAAACCAAGGGUACUCAUACGGUUAACCAUGCAACCUCUAGCGAAAUGGUUGCCUUAAAAAGUGGCGAUGAAUCUUUCUUUGAUUUUUCUGGUGCUCGUUCACUUGGGUCUAUUGAAAAUGAAGAUAGUCAACCUCCUACUAAAAGACGAAAGCAGGAUGCCAAAAGUGGUAAAGGAUUGAGGCAUUUUUCAAUGAAAGUAUGUCAAAAGGUUAAAGAUAAAGGCACGACAACUUACAAUGAAGUUGCUGAUGAAUUGGUCGCUGAAUUUUCUUCUGACCCACUUGCAAACCGUACUGCUUUUUCUGGUAGAUUCUCAGGAGGUGAUGCUGAGCCAUUUGAUCAAAAAAAUAUUAGACGACGUGUAUAUGAUGCCCUAAAUGUUCUUAUGGCAAUGAAUAUAAUCAACAAAGAGAAAAAAGAAAUCAAAUGGAUCGGUUUACCCACCAAUGCAUCUCAAGAGGUUGUCGAGUUAGAGAAGGAGAAGCAAGAACGGUUAGAAAAAAUCAGUGCCAAGAAAGAACAAUUGAGAGACCUAUUGAUUCAACAUAUUGCUCUCAGAAAUUUGAUUGAAAGAAACAAAAGUGAUCCUGUUGUAUCUUCCAAUGCCAAAAUCCAUUUACCAUUUAUAAUUGUAAAUACAGACAAACGCACGGUCAUUGAUUGCUCCAUAAGUAAUGACAAAACAGAGUAUCUGUUUAAUUUUGAUAAUGCGUUUGAAAUUCAUGAUGACGUUGAAGUCUUGAAACGAAUGGGUAUGGCUUUAGGUUUAGAUCGCAAUGAAUUGGUACAAAUUGACCGGGAUGUCUAUGAAAAAGCACGAACACUACUGCCAGAAGCUUUAAGAUCCAGCCUUGAUGAAAUGGUCGAAGAAAAAGGCACCAUUAUAAUAAAUUAGCAAUACCUUAUGGAUGAUAAAUUUCCUUAAAUACAUAAUCAACUACGCGCCGAAUGCAUAUAUAUCUAUAAAUAAAUACAUAUAUACAUAAUAACAUAAAUUACGCUUCUGGACUCUCCUAAAGAUUAUAUUUAUCAUUCCCUAUUGCUUCCUCUACCUCUGAUGGACAUGUUAUAAUGACCCUUGUUAGAUAUUGUCUAAUCAUGUUAUGAUGGAAAAUUAUUGAGAAAAUCUUUGAGAUUAAUGAUGAUUUUAACUUAACCAAACAAAGAAAAAUCAAUUGCUACUUGUUCAAUGAAAAAUUU